UUGUCGAAUGGGGCGGACAUACUGUCCGAAGUGCACACACUGUAUAAGUGCGGCCACUUUAGGGCCGGACAAGUGGUGAACACGAAGGCAACGGUGAACUCGCAGCUGAUUCGCGGCGAUCACAUCGUAUGGGUCGACGGCACGGAACAGGACUGCGCUAACAUCGGGUUUCUGGUGCAGACACUGGACUCGAUUGUGAUCCGAUGUAACGCCAUGUCAGGCGACGGCGAGUUCGCCAAAUACCGGAUCAAUCGGCGCACGAAAGCCAUGAUUGCCUGCUAUCCCGGCAAUAAUAGCCAAUACGUGCGACACAUCGACAACCCAAACAAUGACGGCCGGUGUGUGACGAGUAUCUACUAUCUCAAUAAGGACUACAACCGACAGAGGGACGGCGGAGUGUUACGGCUGUUCCCGCAGAUCUCGUCGUGUGUGGCGGACAUCGAGCCGAAGUUCAAUCGAGUGAUAUUCUUCUGGUCAGACCGGCGUAACCCU